AUGUCUUCCCUCGAACAGGUACAACUACUACCCAGUACCAAUGAUGGCUCUGAAGACGACCUCAAUCAUGAAGGUCCCACCUUGAAUGCCAGCCCAUCCUUCGAAUAUCGAGCAGAUCUCGAUAAGGUCCAGCGGAAGCUGGGCAAACAGCAUAUACAGAUGAUUGCAUUUGCAGGUUCAAUCGGUACAGGGCUUUUUUUGGGCCUUGGACAGAUAUUGUCUAUCACUGGUCCGCUCGGUGCUCUGUUGGUCUAUCUACUUGUGGCCACUGUUGUUUACUCGACUUUGGUUUCAGUUGGGGAGCUCACCUCUUUUGCUCCUGUCUCUGGGACGCUCAUACUUUACGCUGCUCGAUGGGGUGAACCAGCGCUAGGUUUUGCUCUUGGAUGGAACUAUUUCUAUUAUUCAGGUAUUGCGGUACCCGUCGAAAUAACGUCUUUAUCCGUGGUUAUCACCUUUUGGGAUACAAACCCAGACCAUACGGCAAUCUACAUCAGUGUAACAAUCAUCCUGCUCGUUUUUCUCAAUAUUUGGGGUCUUCGCAUUUUUGGAAAUUCGGAAAUUGUCUUUUCAACACUGAAAAUUAUGCUUGCCGUCGGACUGAUUAUCGGAGGUUUGGUUAUAUCGCUGGGCGGAGGACCAGAUCAUAAGCGAACCGGUUUCGAGUAUUGGCGCAAUCCAGGCCCAAUGGUGUCAUAUUUGAAACCUGGGGCGCUCGGACGAUUCGUCGGUUUACUUUCUGCCGUAGUACCUGCAGCAUUCUCCAUGAGUGGGGCUGAGUUGAUCGCCAUUUCUGCUGCAGAAGCAAUGAACCCGAGGCAAAAUAUUGUCGGAGCGAUGCGGACAGUCAUUUUCCGUAUUCUUUUCUUCUUUAUUGGUUCGGUUUUGGUAGUUGGCAUGCUUGUUCCCUCUAAUGACCCUUCCCUCUUCACGAGAUCCGGGACUGCAGGACAGUCCCCAUUUGUACUCGCGUUCACUCGUGCGGGUGUUAAAGUCCUUCCGUCUAUCAUCAACGCCGUGCUAGUGACAAGUUCCUUCAGUGCCGCUAAUACAGUCAUCUUCGCUGGCUCUCGUAUAUUAUAUGGUUUAGCACUUCAGAAGCAAGCACCACAGUUUCUCGCGCGUUGUACUUCGUCAGGAGUACCAUUCGUCGCGGUCAUAGUUGCAAGCUCCUUCUCGCUGCUGUCUUACCUCAACGUGACAGAAGGAUCUGGAAACGUCUUCAAUUGGUUGGCUAACUUGGCUACUACCGGUGGGCUAUUUGGUUGGAUGACCAUCAACUUGACGUACCUCCGAUAUUACUACGGCCUCAAGCACCAAGGAAUAGUCAAUGAGGGUAUAUUUCGGUCUUCCCUGCAACCUUUCGCUGCAAUGUGGGGAUUGUUUUGGGUCAUAUUUUUCAUCUUGAUCAGUGGCAUUACGGUGUUUUUCAAUUUCAGUGCUUCAGAAUUCGUUUCUGCUUACAUCAGUAUACCGCUCUUCUUUUGCUUCUAUUUCGGCUACAAGAUUUACUACAAAACAAAAAUUCCUGCCCUCCGCGAUCUGGACUUUGUUUCGAACAUACCAACACUCGAGGAAACAGGAGACGAAAUACUAAGAACGCAGAAAAAGUCAAUGAUGACCGAAAUUCGGCAAAUGAUUUAACGAUUUACUAUCAUCAAUGUUUGGCGCACGGACUCGACACGACCCCUCUCCCUGAGGAAAAACUUUACGCUUACGCAUUCCACUCUCUUGUUUCUUGCUGUGAAUAUUUUAUCUCGCAUGGACAACCUCUAAUACAAUACAUAGCUGCCGUCAUGAUCUGCAUUGUAUGAUACUAAUAGUACACAUUAUUUAUAUACAAGAAACUGGAAUCUUCCUGUUUUCAUUGUUACUCA